GUCAAUGCCUGGCGCAAUGGCGGAAGCCGCGUUUGCAGCCGUUGAUCCAACAGCGGAGGGAUCUGCUGGAGAAGAGGCUCCUACUUCAUCAGGAGCUGCGGGGUGAUCAAGAUCCUCAGGUGCAGAAAGAGCUGGAAGCCUUGUCCAAGCGGCUGACUGAGACGGAACAGGCUUCAGAGCAGCUCAGCAUCACCUUAGAUACCUUCUGGGAGGAGGUGGCUGCCAUCAGCGACUUGUCGCAGGAGAUGCAAAGUUUGGGCCUCCGCAUCGGUGACCUCCCCGAUGCAUCGAGCCUGAAGAGCCUCUUCGGCGAAUGGGCGUGGAAUCUGAACUGCCCGGUGCAGCUGCUCUUCGGAUCUCCGCUGCAAUGUGCGGGUCAGUUCUUAGUGGAUGUGCUGAAGGCCAGAGGGGGGGCGGAUCAGGGCGGAUCGCCGGAGGCGAGUGGAGUCCGAAGAGCGCGGAGCGGCCCGCUGACCGCUGCGUGUUCGGGAUCGGCGAUGCAGUGGAUCUCUUCGAAGCCUCUAAAGCUCAUGGGUGGCAGCUUGCUGUUGAAACUGGUGGUGCCCAUCAUCGCCCACCUCGCAGGGAAUGUGGACCCCAAUGAGAACGCCAUCUCCCACGCCUUUGGGCAGUCGUCGCUGUGCGUGGCGAUGGACUUUCCUGGCUGGUACGAAGCGGCGCUGGUGGUUUUCCUCGUCGCAGGCCUCAUGGAUGAGUACGCGCUCUUUGCCGUUUGGUGGCACUUCAAAGAGGAGUGGAAGGCUUCACGUGGAAAAGUGCUGGGCCUGCACGUUCUCAUGGUAUUUUUGGCCCUUUGCUUUGGAUGUUUCUUCAUGGUCUCCUUCUGGAACCCGGCGGCAUCCCACGAUUCAAACACUGUGGUAGCACAUACCAUUCCCUACCUGGGCCUGCAGUUGGGCUACUUUACCUUAGCGCUCUUCGUAUGCUUGGCGCUCCCCAUCGAAGCUUCGACAUGCCAGAAGGUCUCGCUCUACGUGAGCUUGUUUUUGUAUUUGCUGCUGCAGGUGGCCAACCUCGUGGUGAUACUCUGGACCUUCGCGGAGCUCUCGGAGCAGGCGAAGAGCACCUUGAUGAAUUUCCUCUUCGGCUGCGGCUUCGCCACCUCGGCAGGGCGCUGCACCCGAGGCCUUUACUGUUCAUUGAUGGAGUGCGAAGGAAGAACGCUAUUGAUUCUGGACACUGAAGGCCUAAUGAGUUUGGAGGCGGAGGGGGGCGGCAUUUUCGACGCUCAGCUGGCAUUGAUGGCCAUGGCGUGCUCACACCUGGUGAUCAUCAACCACAAAGGUGAGCUCUCACGACAACUUCAAGAUCUGCUGGAGGUGUGCCUCUUUGCGAUGCAGCACCUCAAGGUGUGCCGGAUCCAGCCCAAGUUACUCUUCGUGCUCCGUGAUCAGCAUGACAGGUCCCAGGCGGUGCACGGCGACGCGCUGCGGCUCAUGCGAAAGCAUCUGGCGGAAGCCUCGUUGCAGCUCUCCCUGCGCUUGGACGAGUUGAUCUCAUUGGAUCCUGGAAGUGUCUUCCUCUUGCCCUCCGCCUUUGCCAGUGAUCUGGACCAUACCGGCCGGGAGGUGCGCUGGUCCACAGAGCUCUUUGCGCAGGAGGCGAUGCAACUCCGGAAGAAGAUCUUCAAGGAGGCGGAUCAACUGCAGAGCUGCGAAGCAGCGCCGGAGUUCUCCACCCUGCCUGACUGGUGCCUCCAUGCGAUGUCGGUCUGGCGUGUGCUGGACCGAUAUGGUCCCAAUUUGCUGCACUACAAGACCAUUCAGGAGAUCGAGCUGCAACGAGAGCUCGAGGAUGCUGCAAAGCAGAUCUCUGCUUCACUGGUGCGGGGCAAAGGCGGCUUAGCUGAGGAAUGCCAGGCCUUGUUGGCCAGCUACAAGGAGCGGCUAAGCCAAGGAGAGAGCGGGGAGAAGGUGGACGCCGAAUUCAGGUCCACUCUACAAGCCAUGCUUGAGACCUGUGACAAGCGUGCCAAAGCGGAGCUUGAGAGAGUGUUCAAGGCCCGAAGAUCCAAGCUUCCAGAUGCGCAGAAGGAGGAGGCGAAGAAGAAGCUCGCCACACCCAUUGAGUACCAGGGAGAGCUCACCCGCUACACCUGGUCCUUGUGCUUAGCUGAUGCCGUGGAUCGGGACCAACUCCGAGCGCUCAAGGUCCACUUCAAAAAGACCAUCGAAGAGCUUUGGCAGGUGGAAUCCUCUCAAAGCCUCGCAGAGCAGCAGGCUCGAGAGCUCUUCACUCAAGAGUGGGAGUCCUUUGAAGAAGAAUGUCGAGGACGCUUUGCGCGGACCAGCAAGUCACAGAAGCAGUUGGCCGAAGAGGUCUGCAUGGUCUUCAACCACGUCUUGCGGCAGCAUCGACAUGGAGAUGAAGCCUUGCAUGUCCUGGAGCUGGUGCCAAGUACCGGGCUGCUCGGAAGUGAAACCUUCGUGUGGGAGAAGACCAUGAACUUCUUGGAGCUUCGCUCGUCGAGCAGGCUUCAAGAGUUUGUGGCUGCUCACCGAACAGAGAAGGGACACGCACCACGGACGGCCAAUGAGACCGAGAUGAUACGGAACCAUGUUGUGCCAGAGCUACGCCGGCGCAUUUCCCCGAUGAUGACCAUGGAGGUGGAGGGGGAGAUGCCCUCAGAAGAGAAGAUUUUAGACGCCAUGCAACGCCUCAACAGCGCUUUGCAGGUCGAGGAGAAUCGUUUCCUUAACCAGUUGGGCCUUCGCCUGCGGGGAGGACGCGUGGCUUUCCUCAAUGCCUUGCAUUUAGCAUUGAGGCAGAAUGUCUUGACCGCCCUGGUGGACUCGGAGGCGAAACGCGCAGAGCACCAGUGGAAGGUCCUGCAAUCACAUCGCCAGCAGACCGAGACGGAGUUCAUCGAAAUGGUGCAGAGACAUACCAGUGACACCGGACGAGCUCGCAUGCUGGCCGAAUUGUUUUUUGAUGGGCUGGCCCGAGAAUGGUUGGAUGGAUCUUUGCUUGCAGUGGCAGCUGAGAUCCGUGCCCAGUGCUUGGCAGACCUGCCAGACGCUUCGGGCGCCGCGGAGCGCGCGUACCAGCAGGUGGGGCGUUAG